AUGGCCUUGGCGCACCUCCAGCUCAGUAUGUUUAUGCUGGCUGUAUCAAGUACCUGUGGGCUGCUGGUGGCCACGCUGCUGCCCAGCUGGCAGGUGAGCAUGGUGACGGGCGCCAGCAUCAUCACAGCCGUGGCGCAGCUUCAGGGGCUGUGGCUGGACUGCACGGUCCUCAGCACCGGCCUGUUCAGCUGCUCCGUCCACUCCUCGCUGCUUGCGCUCCCACUGCACGUGCAGGUGGCGCGGGCGUCCAUGGUUCUGGCCUGUGUGCUGGCUGCGCUGGGCAUCUGUGUGGCCCCUGUGGGCAUGGAGUGCACCCGCCUCGCAGAGGGCCGGUGCACCAAGCGUCGGGCGGCCCUGGCUGCAGGCAUCUGCUUCCUAGCGGCCGGGCUUUUGGGCCUGGUACCCACUGUCUGGUACACGUGGGAGAUGGUGGCCAACUUCCUGGACCAGACAGUGCCGGAGAGCAACAAACAGGAGCCAGGCCGGGCGGUCUAUGUGGGCUUCGUUUCGGGGGUGGUGCUCUUCGUCUCUGGCUUGGUUUUCUGCGCGGCAAGGGUGAGGAAUCCAGAAGCGGCAUGGCUCCAUCCACCCAAGUGCAGCUCGGGAAUGCAGGGAAAUGCCGCCGCCUACCACCUCAAGGAUUACGUGUGA